ACGCCUCUCAAAAAUUUCCCGCGAACUUACAGACUAGGCGCCCUGCAGCAAAGGGCUGUGCUUUAUUCCCUCACUGCAGCAGAACAGGAAAAGACCAGGCAACAAUAUGCGCACCAAGAGACAGCAGCAGACCCUUCCCCCCACCAGAAUGAACCUGAGGAGUUAUAGAAACUCUCCUCUGGUGCCCAUUGAGACCUCCUCCUCUUCCUCUGAUGACAGCUGUGACAGUUUCGGCUCUGAUGGCUUUACAACUACGAAAAAGCCUCUUAGACAGACCAGAGCCUCAGCCCAGAGAGGAAAGGUCAUCCGGACCCCGUCAGUGUCUGAGGAGGAGGCCUGCAGUGGCUUUGAGGAGACUUGCUUCAGUAAUAAAAUGAAAGCCAUGAAAAUGGAUUCAGACUCUUCAGAUUCUGCAGAGUCUCCGAAGAGGUCUCGCCGCUCUUUCACUCUGAGGGUGGCCAUGAAGUUCCCUGUUAAAAAAGGCAAUCAAAAGAAGUCAGCAAGUUCUGAACCUGCUCCCAAACCUAAAGACACAGAACCUGAUUCAGAUGAGGAGGAGAACUUCAUUGUGAAGAGAGCACUUAACAUUAAAGAGAACAAGGCUAUGCUAGCUAAGCUAAUGUCAGAGCUGAACAAAGUUCCUGGUCUCUUCCCUAGAAGGACAUCUCUGCCCAUGACCAAUACGCCUCGGCGUGUUCCUCGCCGUUCUCUGGGAACUCCUGCAGUACGGCGUCAAAAUCCUGAACGCAUGUCGCGUCCUCACACUCGCUCACGCUCUCUGGUCGAUGGGCCACCAACCCCACCUCCUGAGGAAGAAACCGAGGACAAGUUCAGCCUGGUGCGCAGGUCCAGAUACAGUGAGGACGGUGAUGAUGAACCGGCUCCACGUCGUCGACGCACUUACAAUGGUAUUCUUGCCAUCCCGCAUGUGGUGAUACCUGUGGAGGAGAUCACCCAGCUAGAACUGGACAAUAUCUGCGGCAAUGUCCGGGAGAAGGUCUACAACAGAAGCACUGGCUCAACCUGUCACCAAUGUCGCCAGAAGACAACAGACACCAAAACUAAUUGUCGUAACCCAGAAUGUGUGGGGGUGAGAGGACAGUUCUGUGGACCCUGUUUGCGGAACCGCUAUGGAGAGGAAGUCCGGGACGCUCUGCUGGACCCGGAGUGGAGGUGCCCCCCAUGCAGAGGCAUCUGCAACUGCAGCUUCUGCAGGGCCAGAGAUGGACGUUGUGCUACAGGUGUGCUGGUCUACCUAGCCAAGUACCAUGGCUAUGACAACGUUCACGCUUACCUUAACAGCCUGAGAAAGGAGUUGGAGGAGAGGGAGUGAGAAAUGUCAGCACCCUUCAGUCCCUGCUGAUUUUACUCCAUCACUGCCUGUUAGUUCUGUUUAAUUUUCAGAUUUUUGCAUUUUAGAACUUGAUCCAAGUUAACCUGCCUUUCGAGUAGCCAACUAAGCAUAAUCUCCAUAAACUGUUCAAUUUUACAUUGUUUUAAAUGUAUAAAAUUAAAGACGAUUGCUUAGUGGAGUUAUUCUUCAUGAACUUUACUGUAAUUGAGAGCUUACCUUAUGUGUGGCUGUAAUAAGCUUCCGUUUUCCAUGAAUGCCAUUCAGAUCAAUAGUUAUGAUCAACCGUUCAUAUGAUCUAUGUACUGUAAAAUGCUAUUUUCUAAUAAAAAUGUUUUUGUA